ACACACACACACACACACACUAAAGAGUUAAAAAGGAAAACAAAGAUGCAAAAAGGGUUUGUUUGUUGGUUCGGGCCUAGCGAUUUAAAGCAGAGCAUCAAAGAUAAGACCAAAAAAGGAGCAAAAUAAAACAUAAAAGCAGCAUUCAGGACCAGAGGACCACCCAGAACCCUGCUGGCCAACACCAGCGCUUUUCUUUCCUCACAGAUAAGCAGCCCGCUACUGUGAGACGGUCUGGACUGGACCCAGGUCCUCGUAUAUUACCAUGGCCUUUGUAGAACACUGCCGAAACAUCUCAUCUCAUCAUGGCAAAGUUGUUUUGGUUCAUCCCUAAGAUGUUUGAUGGGGUUCACGUAUUCAUUUAUUUGUUUAUUUGUAUUUAAAAUCACUUAAAAAUCAAUUCUUUAUUCAUAUCUAUUACAUUAUAGUAAAAUAUAAAAUAAUAAUAAUAAUAUAAAUAAUAGUUGUGUCAUGCAAAAAGUCAACAGGAAGCAGUAUAUGAAGAUCGGAGAAUACACAUCUGCAAGUUUAAAUAUUAGUACAUGUGGAGUGCCCCAGGGGUCAAUACUGGGACCACAACUGUUCAACUUUUAUAUUAACGACAUCUGAUUUAAAGCUAAUAUUAUUUACAGAUGAAAAAUAUUUAAGGUUUGAUAACAGCAGAAAGCAAAAAUCCUAAAAUAAAAUCCUUACCAUUUUUAUACCAAUAUUAGCUGAUUGGACGAUAUUAUUGGAAAUUGAGUUUGCCUUGGGGCUGCACGGCGGUUGAGUGGUUAGCGCAGACCUCACAGCUAAGAGACCCAAGUUCAAUUCCACCCUGUGGAGUUUGCAUGUUCUCCCCGUGCAUGCGUGGGUUUUCUCCGGGUACUCCGGUUUCCUCCCACAUUCCAAAAACAUGCUAGGACUCCAAAUUGUCCAUAGGUAUGAAUGUGAGUGUGAAUGGUUGUUUGCCUAUAUGUGCCCUGUGAUUGGCUGGCCACCAGUCCAGAGUGUGACAGCUGGGAUAGGCUCCAGCACCCCCCCCCCCCCCCGCGACCCUUGUGAGGAAAAAGCAGUAAAAAAAAUGAAUGAAUGAAUGAACAAAUAAUACAAAUCUAGAAAUAAUAAUACAAAAAAUAUACAAAUAAUAUAUGACUUUAGGUUAUAUUAUCCUGUACAACUUUAAUGUUGAGAAGGCGGAGGUGAGGCAUUCCUGGAGAGUAGGAAAAAGGAGGAGGAGGAUAAGAGUAUUGAAGGUCGGUGGGAGUGAUGGGGUGGGGGGUCUGCAGGAGGAGGACGUCGUCACGAGGAGAGCUCCCAGUGGGUGACAGCUGGCUGAGCAGAGAAGCGGGACAAGAAGAAGAAAGUGUUGCUGCUGGAGACACACACACACACACACACAAACAAACACACACACACACAAACACACACAUCUUUCUCCAAGAAGUGUAAGUGUAGAUAUGUUUGACACCUCUCACUACCCCUUCAACUGUUUCAACUAUGACGGAGACGGGUACGCUUCUUGUAGCACAGACCAGGAGAAGAAGAUGUGCAGACCGGCUUACAGCUACAUCGCCCUGAUCGCCAUGGCGAUCCAGCAGAGUCCCGAGCAGAGGGUGACGCUGUCAGGCAUCUAUGAGUUCAUCAUGAGGAGGUUCCCCUACUACCGUUCCAACCAGAGAGCCUGGCAGAACUCCAUCAGACAUAACCUAUCGCUCAACAGCUGCUUCAUUAAGGUUCCUAGGACAGAAGGGAACGAGAAGGGCAAAGGAAACUUCUGGACUUUUGCCACCGGCUGUGAAUCCAUGCUCGACCUCUUCGAAAACGGCAACUUCCGACGUCGCAGGCGCAGGCGGAACAUGAAAAUCGGCCUUCGCGAUUCAGGAGAAGCUCCCGCUUUCCAGCCUGCGGAGAACCCCAGCAAGCGGCACGGCACGCCUGCACCCCGCCACCACCCUGAAGCCGACUCCGCCCUCUGCCCUUUAAACCCACAGAGGUCACGGCCGUGCCCGCCGCUCGUCCAGAACCCCGUCCGGGGGAAACCAGAAUCCGAGAUCAAGUUCAGCAUUGACUACAUCCUGUCUACACCAGACCCGCCCACGCUUGGGAUCAGAUCCUCGGCGCACUUAGGCCCCACUGGACCGCCCAUUCAUGUUGUGGAGCCACAGCACCUCAACCUGCACUUCUGGACUCUCUAAGGAGAAACAUGGUGGAGAUGUCCAAAGACACUUGAAAAUGUAAGAAAAAGAUCCAAAUAGACACGUACGGUGUGGAUGUGGAACAACACAAAACACACACAGAAAGCACACACUACUGACUAUCAUGGCGUUUAUUUACAUUCAUAUACCUUCCCUUUGACCAAAGUACACUUCCGUGCUAACAAUACAUUUUAUUUAUUUGAGUUAUUGUCUUAUGCGGACACAACUUAUGCCUACACACCAAAUAACAAGCAUGAAAAUGUUCAACAAACCAACAAAAUCUCAAUUUAUUCUAAUAUUGAGCUGCACAAGAAUCUAAAUCAUAAACAUACACACACAGUAAAAAAUAGAAAUAAAUAUCUCCUAUAAGGUAUAGUAUGUGGUGUAUUAUUCAUGAUCAAAUAGCAAUAUGGAUCAUUACUGUUAAAUAUUAUUAGUAUUGUUUUAAGAUUUUGAAAACAUAGUACAUGUAGGGGUUAUAUUUUUCAAUUUUAGUUGUAAACUACAACAUUCACAUUUUCCCGCAAAGGUAAAAUGAAUUUUAGAGAAAUAUUUUUGUGAUAAAAGAAAAAGUUAGUAGUAUUAAAAGUGAUGGUUUUAGUUUCUAACUAAGUACAUUGUACUGCAUUUUGCAUGAAAACCUAUGCUACUUAAAAAAAACAACAACUUUUUAAACAACAUUACAGAACACGCUUGGACAAAAACAGUGAAUAAUCAAUAGAGUCGAAUUCAUUCACAAAAGUAAUCUGUGUAUUGAAUACACACAAAAAAUAUAAUAUCAUUUUUAAUUUAUAUUUUUCACUGAUGUCAGAUUUCUGUCUUGCACUUCCUAGUUGUAUCUGGAAGACAUUUCAAUAGAAAGUACAUAGAACCUUGGUUAGCGUCAUUAAUUUGUUCCAGAAGGUCCGACUCUAACCAAAAUGGAUGUUAAAGAAAUCACAUUUUCUCAUAAGAAAUACAGUAAAUCCCAUUAAUCCAUCCCAGGAAGCCAAAAAUGCUAACACAAAUACACUGUAGUUAUAGUUCAGCAAUUAGAGUUUUACAUUUUUAAAACUAUUUAAUCACUUCCUGUUCGGUUGCCAUUUUGUUUAGCUAGCUAAUAGGAUGCUAACAGGAAAAAGACAGUUUGUGAUGAAAAAAAAUAUAUAUUAAGAACACAGUUAGACUCACGCAGUGCAUUAACAACACAAUAAAAUGCUAACUGGAGAAUAUUAGCAAACUGAGGCAAAAUUAAAUAGCCUAAUUUUGGACGUCAACCGAAAAACAUGCUAACCAAGGUUCCACUGCACUCUAUGGGCCAGCUCAGUAUUAAUACCACCACUACUAAUACUGAUAUCAAGAUCAUAAACGUUAAAGCAUUUUGACAUUUUUUGAUCAUGAUUAUAACUACAAUAAAACACAAGAACAAUCUCAUUUGCAUAUUGCGUGUAAUAUUUAAUGCAGCAAUAUAAUACAGCGUAACAAUAUCAACAAAAUAAUUGUCAACAAAUAAAAUAAAAAUAAUAAAUACAAAUGAAAAAUUCCUAAAAAAUAAAACAAUACUACAGUGUAACAAUAUCAACAAAAUAAUUGUCAACAAAUAAAAUAAAAAUAAUAAAUACAAAUUAAAAAUUCCUAAAAAAUAAAAAUAAAAAUUUUAAGCAAAAUAGUGCAACAUAAACAUUAAAACAUAAACAUUACAAUUAGUAUUCACUCAAAUUAUUCCCUAAGACUGUAAACCAUAAAGCUAUAUAUAUAAAUAUGAUAUAAACUGUGAUAUUUGUGAAAAUAAACACAGAAGGGAAAGGAAAAAUAUCAAUGUGAUAUCGCUACUACCCUGGUAUCCAUAAUAUCGAUAUUUGGAUCCAUCCUGAUCCCGCCUCUACAUGCUAAAAAUUAGCAUGUCGUGUGCACCAGGAUGUGAAGGAGGCCUGUUACCACGGCGCUCGCCACAUGCUAAUUUCCUUCUUCUUGUCCAUGACCUUUGGAAAUCCUGAUUGACUGACACUUAAAUUCUAAUCCACUCCUUUCCUGAUUAUAUUAUUAUUAUGUGGCGCUCCUGCUAAUGAAAAAAACAACAAAAAAACAAGACUGGCAAACAUAUAUUUCCUGCACGGGGGAGAUCAAUCAUACUUGUGUGCAGCGGAAGGGACAUUUUUCAAUGUAACCUUUACAUUAUGUGUUGACUACAUCACGGAGAACACACUUAACAUGAGUGGCAUUUAAUAUAGCAGAACACUUGCAAGGUGAGGCCAGGAUGUGACCCUAUUUAAAUAGGAGGGGGUACAAUGCCUUCCCUCUCCUCAAACAAACCCCUGAUGUUAUUCUAAUUAAACACACCUUAUACUUCCUUUGCGAACACCCCUCAUCGAUCUGGCUUUGUGUGUGUGUGUGUGUGUGUGUGUGUGUGUGUGUGAGCUGCCCCCCAGCAAACGUCUGCAACGGCGCAAACGUUUAUGGAUCAGCAAGUUUCCAUUAACAAAGUUGUCGAUGUUGAAUAAGCGGGGGCCAUGCAUGCCGUGGAUAUAUUUGGGUAAAUUAACUUAGCAUAAAGUGCUCCCAGGCGACGGGGCGGGCGGGUGGUGGGUGGGUAUAUGGGGGGGGGUGCAGAAGUAGAAAAGCAAGGCCCUAAAAGUCAAUGCACAUGUUGUGUUGUGGGAGUGAUUGUGCAGAAGUAGAGCUAGUGGCCUAUUAAAUAGCAACACCGGCUUAAAUCCUGCUUACUUGAGCCACUGGCUUAUAAUUGCCGUUGAUGACUUCAUUAAAUGUGUAGAAUGAGCAGCUCCAGGCAGGAGGAUGUAGUAUUGCAGGAAGUCACUGAUGUGAGGCGCUAAUAAAAACGAUAAACACAAAUGGGUCAUUUAGCUUCUGCUGAUUAAAUGUGUGUAAGGAUUGUGGAUAAACAAUAAUUUAUAGUCGUGCUGAUGGUUUCUUGUUAGUGUGAGGAUGAAUGGAGGCAUGGAAUGGUUUUCCACAUGCAAAACCUUUGGCAUUUUGUGUCAGCGUUCACGUGCACGUGUCGUUUUCUUUACCUCGCUCCAAGUGUGAGAGUAAAUCAAUGGCCGAUGGGCGGUGUGUUUGUAUAUUUUUUGCUUCAAUAUGCGGAGGACGGGAAGUGUCCAGAAGGCUUUUUGAUUCAUGAAAAGAGUGUAUGACAUUUAAAUCAAAAUAUCACUUUCAAAUCUGCCACAUUUCUGUUUGAAUUUGCCACGUGUCAUUUUGUAAACAGGCUGCUUUAACGUCAACAAUAAUGUUAAAUCUACUCUCACCAUUCCUGGCAACCCUGAUGUUAAUAUACAUGUAGAAAUGUAUUAUAUAUUUCAAACUUAUGCCACUAAAAUGCUGAUUUUUUUCUACAUAAUACUAUAAUUUUAUUCUUAUAAAAUUUUUAAAAAAAUUCUCUUAAAAUUUGGACAACUGAAAAAAAUGACAUACUAACCCCUUACGGUUUUUGUAAAAAAUCACCAAAUCAAAAUCUGGCAUUUUAUGCCAUUUUUCGAUGCUUCUGGGGCCCCCUGUUGAGUGUGUGUGACGUUUCCACUUUUAUUUUUGACAGAAAAGUGCUUUAGAAGCAAAUUGAAAAAAAAUGACAAAAAACGACAUACUAACCCCUUACGUUUUUUGUCAAAAAUCACGAAAUCAAAAUCUGGCAUUUUAUGCCAUUUUUGGAUGCUUCUGGGGCCCCUAUUGAGUGUGUGUGAGGUUUCCACUUUUAAUUUUGACAGAAAAGUGAUUUUUAAGCAAGUUGAAAAAAAUGAAAAAAACCACAUACUAACCCCUUACGUUUUUUUGUAAAAAAUCACCAAAUCAAAAUCUGGCAUUUUAUGCCAUUUUUGGAUGCUUAUGGGGCCCCUAUUGAGUGUGUGUGAGGUUUCCACUUUUAUUUUUGACAGAAAAGUGCUUUUUAAGCAAGUUGAAAAAAUGAAAAAAAAAACAAAACGACAUACUAACCCCUUACGUUUUUUGUCAAAAAUCACCAAAUCAAAAUCUGGUAUUUUAUGCUAUUUUCAGAGGCUUCUGGGGCCCCUAUUGAGUGUGUGUGAGGUUUCCACUUUUAAUUUUGACAGAAAAGUGCUUUUUAAGCAAGUUGAAAAAAUG